AUUUUUUAUUCGCCCACUUUAGUAAAGUCAGUGAUAUGACAUUAUGACUAUGUUUAUAUUAUAGUUAUAGUAUAGGUUACAAAAACCCUAAAACAAAUUGCAUAUUCAUAUUGGCUUUGUGGUGAAUGACUCACUAUCAUGCUUGAUUUUGAUUAGGCGUCUAAGUCUAAGAAGCGAUGAUGUCUGCCUUUCUCAAAAGAACUAUGACUAUAACUAACCCAAUAUCAGUUUUAAUGUUUAUAAAACAAAUUCGACAGACAUCAAAAUCAAUAGGCAUAGGUGUUGUUAAUAAUGUUAAUAUUAGUAUUAGUUCCGGCUUAAGAAGGGAAAGUUUUGGAACUUUAAAAAGUUUCGUUGAGCACAAUAAUUACAAUAAAAUCUUAUUGAAAGAACCACUAGGUCUAGGUGCCAAAUUUUUUUUACAUAAGAGACAGUUCAAUACAAGUACAUCCAACAAUUGCCUUGACGAAACAAAAAAGCCAGAAGAAAUUAAAAAACGAAAAUUGGGAGAUUUUACACCAAGGCUUGCAUUAUUGUAUAAAUGCAAAGUUUGUGGAACUAGAAAUAACCACACAUUCUCAAAAAAAUCUUAUGAGGAAGGAGUUGUUAUUGUCAAAUGUUGUAAUUGCCAAAGCAAUCACUUGAUUGCGGAUAACUUGGGCUGGUUUAAAGAUGUUAAUAAGCGGUAAGCUCAUAACUUCAUUUGAUUAAUCUUCAACUUCAAAUAUAAACAUACAUUUUUUUUAAACUGCAACUGAAAGGGUUUUAGUUUUAAAUAUUUGGUAGACCAACUUUUUUUAGCAUCAUUUCAUUGGGGUCAUUAUUUUUAUAAAUGUUAUAGACCAACUUUUUUUAGCAUCAUUUCAUUGGGGUCAUUAUUUUUAUAAAUGUUAUUGUAUUUAGUUUCAUCCCUAACUAAAUUCUAAGAAAGGCCAAAUUCUAGCAAUGGAUAGGCCUAAGGAUUAUGAUUUCAAAAACAUAAUAAUUAUGUCUUUUGUAAUUAAUUUGUGGAAUUCAAGCUUAAUUAGUUAUGAAACCUGAAUUUAUGCCAAAUUUAUAAUGCCAUGUUACGACAAGGUAUGUAAUAAUUCUUGUAGAGCCUACAACUAAAAAUUGUUGGGUAUUGCAUUCUGUGUAUCUUAUAUAGUUUCUUGACUGGCCCUUAUAUAAUAGAUGCCUAAACUUUUUAAUUUUUCAUUCACUGUUUAACUGUUUAUUAUUAUAUAUAGCAUUGUCAUUUAAAUUUCAAACAUGGAAUACCAUACCAUAAUAGAAUACCAUAUAUUUGUAUCCAUGCAAUGUGCCCCAAGUGUAAAUAUGAUACAAUUUUUGCUGGUCAAAAUAACAUUUAAAUUAAUUUUAUUUUAACUCCUUAUUUGCAGAAAUAUUGAGGAGAUUCUAGCAGCUAAAGGGGAAGAAGUAAAGAAAAUAUCGAACUUUGAUAUUCCUCCAGAUUUGCUUGAGCUAUUAAAGAAAAAGCAAGAAGAGUAACAAAAAAGAAUUCAGUGAGCUCCAGUUUAAUAUUUCAUCAAAGAAAAUUCUUUGUUGAAUAUCGCGUGACAGUGACAGCUGCUUGUUUGAAUUUAUGUGAAUGUGAGCAUGUCAUAGAAAUAUUACAAAAGAUAUCAAAAUGAUAAAUAAACUUUUUAAAAUCCAUUGAACAAAUAUUUUAAAAGCUCACCUUGUUGAUCUAAAUAUUACCCUUUAAAAUUUCUAUGAAGAAGAGAAAAAGUACUACUUACUUACACAAAACAUUCACCUGCAUGGUACGUGAUUUAUGCUCUAUGGAAAGAAAUUUUAAAGGAAAGAGGAGGAAAAAAAUCUAAAUAACAAGUGGAAUAUAGGAAGAAUAACUUUCUAUGUUCAAUAGUGUCAUCAUAUUGUGCAUACACAAGGCCACUUUUGUGCAUUAAACAGAUAAGAAUUGCUAUAUUAUAAACAUAAAGCUUACUCAUAAAGCUUACAUAAUCAUCUCAAAAUAUUAACUUUUUUCACAUAUCAUUCCAGUUAAAAUAUUAUUUUAUGUGUAUUCCCAGUUUCCUGGAAAAUAUUGUGAACAGGUGGACUAUGUGGGAGUAUAAAAAAAAAUUCAAAUGCAUCACACUGGAAAAUAUAAUAAUACUGUAACACAACUAUUGGUUGAAAUCCUCUAUUAAGAAUGUGCAAUGCUAAUAUAUUUUUGCCUUAAAAUGUUCCUGAAAUUAAACUUGAAAUUAUUACUUUUUUUUUUUAACAUAUCAUUUCAUAUUUUCAAAGCACAGAUUCCAAAUUUUGACUACCGGUACCGGUAAAUUAAAAAUAAAAAGUGCAGAUUUCACGUUUUUUAAAAAUCUGAUAGAACUAGAAACAAAAGAUAGUUGCUCUUUACUUGUGUAAUCAAAGUUAUUGUUUCCUAAUAAUUAGUUAAAAAUCAUUGUCUUACUUUCCUUUCUAUUUGUUAUAUCAGCACUUCUCAAACUGUUUAAUGUAAAUGUUAUGGUCUGACAGGAAUUAUCCACAUUGCAGCAGAGACUGGUGACUAAAUGUAUUGAUUAUUUUUAGAUCUUUACAAAUAUUCACAGUAAACAAGUUGAUGACUGAGGGCCUAUAGACCCUUAGGCCAAAUACCAGCUAGGAUUAUUAGACCACUACACUUUAGGAUUAUUGGACCACCAUCAGCUAAGAUUAGUGGACCACCACUAGCUAGGAUAAGGGACUACCACCAGCCAGGAUAAGUGACUACCACCAGCUAGGACCAGUGGACCUCCACUAGCUAGAUAUAAUGUGAAUAAUUCUUCCUCUGAAAACUUAGAUGUUAUUAACACGGUAAUUUCAUGCUAUAAAUUUGUCUGUUUUGUUUAUUAGAUGUGACUUAUUACUUGCUGUAAAGUGUUCUUAAAAGGAUCAGCAUGUGAUAUUAGAUGUAACUGUAUGCUUUUUAUACUGUGGUUAAUGGAAAAUCCCUGAGUUCUUUGGUGUGUUACAUUGUAUUGUUUGUUUGGACUAAUCUAAUUGAAGUUGGUCACAAAGGGACAAAUUUAGGUUAAAUCCUCAGGGAAAUUAAUAAAGUUACAUUUAUUAAACUGAUUACCCAUGACCAAUGCCGCAAAGUGCCAGCUUACUUCUUAGUUUUUAAAUUAUAAUCGGCAACCAUUUUGAGCCUCCCCGAAACUGUAAUAGCAUGGAAUAUGAAACAGAAAGCACAAAAGUUGUUGAAAGAGGGUCAAACUUUUUUGUUAGAAAAUGCAUUAUAGUAAAAUGUAUCAAUUCAACUGUAAAAUGUUUUGUUUCAGUUAGUGGAGGGAGAAAAUGUUAAUCCAUAUAGUAUAAACAUCCAUAUAGUAUAAACCAGUAUUUCCCAAAGUUUAAAGUUUGCCGGCCUGAUGGAGUUGAUUCAAAAUUGCACCAGGGACCGGUGACAGAUUUACUAAAUAUAUUUUCUUUUUAUUUAAACAUUUAUAUCGGUAUUCAUGAACAUAAAUAUUGAUGAACAAAAAUUUUCACGUUGUGCGGACUUGGCAAUGUGAGUUUUGUGUACCGGUGCCUGUCUGCGGAUUAAUAUGAUGAUAAUCAGGUCAUAUCAAACUUGAAUUAUCAUAUGGCUUGGAUGACAUAAGAAGGCCCUAGAUGUAGCAGGAAUUAUUUUAAAAAACACAUUAAGAUUGUUUUACUAUUUGUAACAACAUAUUCUGUUUAAUUUUAAUGUUGUUUUUUUUCAAAUACAUUCGUAUUUGAUUCAUUACAUUUUAAAACUGAUGCUGCUGAGUGAUAUUAUAUGAAUUUUUAUUCAAUUUUAAAACAAGGAUUUGUAAAUACUAUAGGACUAAUAAAUUCCUACAUACCGGUAAGAUGAUUGAUGUUGUUCAUCAAUAUAUUGGUAUUGUCUGAAGUGCGUAUUGUCUGAAGUGCAUUGUUAGUGUCAUUUAUUUUCUAUUGCACUUUUAAAAACGGUGACUAAUAGCCUGAUUUCAUGCUGAAGAAACAGGAUUUGGGUAUUGGUGAAUGUCAUCCAAGUAAUGGCCUAGGUACUGGUGCAUGACAUGCAACUAAUGGCUCCACUGAUUAUGAACUUGACUAAGAAAGGGGAUGCUAUUUUUUUUGUCCUAUAAAGAAUAAAUAAAUAAAAUUAUUAUAAAGGACAAUAUAGAA